AUGUUCUUUUCUACUUCCAACCGUGUCCACGUACUUGAUGCACCUGCUGCUAACGACAAAAAGUGUAUUGGUGGUGCACCUUGCCCUACACCCAGUAUGUCGCAUUCAGUAUCCACCGUAUUUCAAAACCGCAAGGCAUCAUUUCGACGUUCCAUCACUCGCAUGUUGCAUCCAAAAAAGUCUACUCAAGUGGAUGAUUUGGAUACACCUUGUUUAUCCACCUCGACAUCGAUUUCAUCAGUGCGUUCCAGCUUUUCAUUCUCACGCAAAUCAUCUUCUCAACAACCAUUGCCUGCUCCUCGUUCUUCGAAAUCCAUUGAGCUUGAGUCACUCAUUGUGGAAUACCCCUCUCGUACCGUUCGUGUCAGCUUGACCCCUAUUUGCGCUGCAUAA